AUGAAGUCCACUCAGCUCGCUGUCAUCAUCACAGGUGUCCUCAGCACCGUCGCCCUGGGCGAGUCCGUCGUCCGCGCUGCGCCGGCGCCGGUCGAAAUGGACGGCUGCCGCUGCGACAGCCACGGCACCUACCUCUGCGACCCGUCCUCUCUGCACAAGGCGGGCGGCCAGUGUGUCAAGUGCGGCUGCCACGCAGGCUAG